CCCGAAGGUGGGGUAGUAGUUUAUAAUCAUGGCGGACCCGCUGAGCUUGCUCAGACAAUAUAAUGUUAAUAAAAAAGAAAUAAUUGAACGUGAAAAUCAAAUUAUUUUCGGUGAAUUCUCCUGGCCGAAAAAUGUUAAAACUAACUAUUUGACUUAUGGAUCUGGUAAAGAAGGAACACCAAAGGAAUAUUAUACUCUUGAGUGCCUUCUCUUUUUACUGAAACAUGUACAACUUACACAUCCUGUAUAUGUGCGACAAGCUGCUGCAGAAAAUAUACCAGUUGUUCGACGACCAGAUAGAAAAGAUUUAUUGGCUUAUCUCAAUGGUGAAACUGCUACAUCAGCCGCCAUAGAUAAAUCUGCUCCUUUAGAAAUCCCUACUCAAGUUAAAAGAACAGCUGAAGAUGGAUUGGAAAGUGGUUCUUCUAAAAAACCUCGUUUUGAGGACACACAUGUUCAAAAAGUUAAGGAGCAACUUGCUGCUAGACUGGAUGCUCCAAAAGAAGCUUCUGUUACAGUAGACAAUAUUAAAUCUCUUUCUGAAGCCAUGUCUGUAGAAAAAAUUGCAGCUAUCAAGGCUAAACGUUUAGCUAAAAAACGUACCACAAUUAAAGAAAAUGAUGAUAUUGGAAUGGGAUCUGAUUUACGUGUUAUAUUGAUGGAUGUUGAUGAUACAAAAGAUAUAGUUUCUAGGGAAAGGCAAUGGAGAACACGUGCGACUAUUUUACAAAGUAGUGGAAAAAUAUUUGCAAAAAAUAUAUUUGCAAUUCUUCAGAGUAUCAAAGCCCGCGAAGAAGGUAGACAAAAAGGUCCUACUGCACCUACACCAAUGGUUACUCCACGUUCCACACCAAUGCGUCCUUUACCACAGCCAGCAGUUUACAAUCGUUAUGAUCAAGAAAGAUUUAUCAGACAAAAAGAAGAAACAGAAGGAUUUAAAAUCGAUACUAUGGGUACAUAUCAUGGUAUGACUCUAAAGUCUGUAACAGAAGGUACCAAUCCAGCGGUUAGAAAACCACCAAGUAAUCCUUCCGCGACUCCUAAUUCUGGUUUGCUGCCAACAUCCGCUGCAAAACUUACUCCACAACAAGCAGCGCAAAAUAAACGGCCUAGUAGAACUCCUAUUAUUAUCAUUCCAAGUGCAAAUACAUCACUUAUCACAAUGUAUAAUGCAAAAGAUAUAUUGCAAGAUCUGAAAUAUGUUAGUAAUGAAGAAAAACGUACACAGGGCUGUAAACGAGAAAAUGAGGUCCUUUUGCAACGUAGAAAAGAAGGAGGACUCACUGUACCAUAUAGAGUAGUAGAUAAUCCACAAAAACUUACAAACGCAGAUUGGGAAAGAGUCGUCGCGGUAUUUGUAAUGGGUCCUGCUUGGCAAUUUAAAGGUUGGCCUUUUGAUGGCAAUCCUGUUGAAAUCUUUUCAAAAAUUUGUGCAUUUCAUCUGAAAUACGAUGAAAUGAGAUUAGAUGCAAAUGUAGCACGUUGGGCAGUAACAGUGAUUGAACUAAGUAGGACAAAAAGACAUUUGGAUCGGGCAGCAUUAAUGGUAUUCUGGGAACAUCUUGAUAAACACAUGAUUAAAAACAAACCACAUCUUCGAUUUUAAACUUGAUUAAGAAGAAUGCAAGUUAUCAUUGAUUUGGGUGCACGAUUUUCGUUGAAAGAUUAUAAAAUAAAACAUUGUAUAUACUACCGAGCAAAUUAAUAUGUAAUUCAAAAAAAUACGAAAAUUAAUAUGAACCCUCAUUUAAAGAAGUUUAAGAGCACUAAUUAUGAGAAUUUGGCAACAAUUAUGACUAAUUCUUGUUCUUCUAAAAUAAACUAAAGAUAUAUUCGAGAAACUGGAAUAUAUAAC